AUGAAUAUUCCUUAACAUCAAGAUUUCUAUUUUGAAGAUAAUAAAAUAUUAUUUUCUAGUAACUUUGAUUCAGGAAACUGUGGUAAUGUAAUUUAAAUCGCAUAGGAUGAAAAUGAUAAUACAUCUUCAUAUAGACCUGUAUAUAGAAUAGGUAAAGAAGGAUAAUAGAGAAGAUUAGAAAUUUAACCAUAAAUAUAAGAUAAAUUAGAAGAACUUACUAAAGAGGGAUGUGGACGAGUUUAUUUAUACUAAGUUACUAAAAUAUUACAUAGUUAUACUUUGGAAUGUGGAUUUCACCAUUCUAUAAAUAAAAAUGAAUUGCAAGAUGAAACUAAUAAAGAAUUAAUUUUAAAUAUUAACUAAAAAUAGUUUUGUUUAGAUAAACAAUCAGAAAUUUAAGAUUGUAAUCCUGUAAUUGUGAAUAAUGGGAAAAUUCUAUUUACUGAAAAUACCUACUAAAAUACAGGAAGAGCAAUUCUUAUUAGUAUUUUGGAUAUAUUUGAUAAAAAUCCCCAUUCAAGAAUUCCAAAUACUACUUUUUAAAAUACAGAUAAUUUAAGGAAACAACUAGCUUAUGAAAUAGCAAGAACCGAACGUUUUAGAAUUGAAAAUGCAUAUUCUUACAAUAAUAGGAAUAUUAAGGAAAAUAAUUGA